AUGGCUAAAUCUGGUUACCGCAAGCCAGCCACAAAGCUCUCGACCGAUCCUAGGAACGUCGAGCGCCGAAAGCGAGUUAACCACGACUCGUUCACAUACAAGAAGGGCCGCAUCGACAGUAAAUUCUGCAACCGCUUCAAGGCCUGGACGGAUAAGCACCCGACCGCUUCCGAAGAAGAGAUGAAACAGAGGAAGCUCGAACUCGACACCCAGGCUGCCGCUGAAAUCGCGGAACUCCGGAAUCAAAUGAUCGCGGAAGGAAGUUCGGUUGCCUACCAGGCGAAGGACCCCGAUAAACCGCGGACGUACCUUAGGGGUCCCAAGGGUACUUUCAUGCCGAAGACCGGCCGGCAUACGAAGGCUGCCAAGCAGGCGAGGAAGAUCGAGGGACAGAGGAAGAAGGCCGAGAGGGAGAAGAAGAGGGCCGAGAAGAAGAAGGCAAAGACUAUCAAGCAGUUGGCUGAGAUGAUCAUGGAGAGACAGCCGCUGAGUGAGUUGCUCAAAGUGUGUGAGCCGCUGCCAAACGAAGAGGUGGUGGCGAGAGGGCUGGACCAGGCGGUUGAUCUGGAGGGGAUCGACCUUUUGGCCUUGUUUUCCAGCCAGAAGAGUGGAAAGAACGGGAAGGGAGGCGAAGGAAAAGAGCCAGUGGAGAGGGCUAGCGAAAUUUCCAACACCAACACCGGCGUUCUUCUUGCCGAUGGCCCGGAGGAGGAGAUUCAUAUGGCUACUUCUAGAGCGAGCUGCGAAGACCUUGGCGUUCCCGUCCACGGCCUCCCCGCCCCCGUUACCGAAGAAUAUAUCUCUACGGUAGAGAUUCAUCAAGGUUUUUCUGACAAGCAACUGAUUCCCGACGGCACUGCGGCCGGAAUGAAUGGUGGGGAUCUUAGCGUGUGCACCGGUGACCCGGACUUCGAUGCCUUGUUUGUCGAAGCAGAUGUCGCUGCAGUAGACAUGUAUCAAGGUAUUACCAACGACCAACUUAUUCCCGAAGGCACCGAGGCCGGAAUGAAUGCUGGAGACCUCAGAGUGUACACCGACAACCUGGACACCGAUGACCUGAACAUUGAUUCCUUCUUUGCUACUGCUGAGGCUGAGAUUUCUGCGGCCGGCAUGAACCGUAAAGGUCCCCACAACGCUCUUACUGCUGGAGGCCCAUAUGUUGCAGGAGAAGGAGGUGAAGGGGGAAGAUAUUCUGGAGAAGAGGAUACAACCGCCAGCAUUAAUUUCGCAGAUCUUUGCUCCUGGGAAGACCCCUACAUUGCUGGCAUUGGUGCUUUCUCCGGACAGGGAGAAGCUCAAGCAGACAUGAACCAAGAAGAUCAUACCUUCCCCGACGACAACAGUAUCCCGAGUUAUGAGUAUCAAAUUCCUGGUCUCACCGGUAACAUUGAGUCUUUCACUUUCGAUAACUUUUGGCACUUUCCGACCCCGCAUCCCGUUCUUCCCUCCGAGGGUACCGCCAUCGAUCCUCAGAUUUCCCAGAUGGAUCACGAAUUUUUCGGUGACGAAGGUGAUCAGUUCAUUUAG